GGGCCAUCUUCUUCACCGUGGAAUUCAUGCAGCGCUGGCGUGUACACUCAGUGGAAAUGAGGGCUUACUGCAUAUCUCCAUAAGCGUCUCCUCUUGAACCUCUACGAACGACAACUACUAUGGAUUCGCAAAUGACUCUUAGCAAUGGGAGUGCUGGGGGAACUCACGAAAAGACACGGCCAUCUGGCGAGGGAUCUUUGGAGCUUCCAACACCAUCCUCUAUCGAGGCUGUAGUCCAGGGGCAGGAAAAACCUGCCGAUCGCGCAUCCGCACCGACGUUGCCACACCAUACGUACCCGGAAGGUGGCCUGCGGGGCUGGCUCACAGUCGCCGGUGCUUGGCUCUGCCUUGUCUGUACAUUUGGUUACACCAAUGCCUACGGCGUGUAUCAGUCGUAUUACGUGCAGACGAUGCUUCCGUCCUCCUCAACGUCCGCAAUCUCAUGGAUCGGCUCCCUUCAACUCUUUUUUCUCUUCGCUAUGGGAUUGCCAACGGGGAGAUUGUUUGACGCCGGAUACUUCAGGCAUUUGAUGAUAGGUGGGAUGGUGAUCAUGGUCGGAAGUUUGUUUGCGCAAAGCGCUGCGCAACACGACCAAUACUAUCAGGUCUUUCUCAGCCAAGCAGUCGGGCAAGGAAUUGGCGGUGGGAUGCUAUACCUCCCGGCCAUCAGUAUCAUAUCCCACUACUUCCAGAAACGACGCGCUCUAGCGAUUGGAGUUGUUCAGUCUGGCUCCUCCACCGGAGGAAUUGUCUUCCCCAUUUUGCUGAGUAAUUUGUUUGUUGAAGUUGGAUACGUUUGGGCGGUCCGUAUCACGGGUUUCAUUAUGCUAGGGCUGUUGUUGGCCGCCAACCUGCUGGCUUCUCCACGCUUAGCUCCGAAGAAGGAUCAUCCGAAGCCUGAUUUACGCCGCUUCUUCACCGAUCCUCCGUACAUCACCGCAGUACUGGGAAUGGUCCUUGUCUGGUGGGGUCUUUUCUACCCUUUCUUCUACAUUCAACUGUUUGCUUCCAGUCACGGCUUAUCAGACAACUAUGCAUUCUAUACCAUUGCCAUUAUCAACGCAGCUUCAAUGAUAGGGAGAACCUUGCCAAACGUCUUCGCGGACAAGACCGGUAUAAUGCCUUUGCUUGUUCCGUCAACUGCGGUAUCGGCCAUCUUAUUGUUGAUUCUGAUUGCGUGCACCAAUAUGGCAGGAGUCACAGUCUUCUGUGUGUUAUUCGGUCUGUUUUCCGGAGCCUUUAUCAGUCUUAUGGCGCCCAUGUUUGCCAUCAUGUCAGACCACGUCUUUGAGAUCGGCAUUCGGUUCGGAUUUUCCAUUUUCAUUAUGGCAUUUGCUGGUCUCACAGGAACACCAAUCACGGGAGCACUAGUGGGCAAUAGUCCACCGUACAUCUGGUACAGGCCAUGCGUGUUUGCCGGCGUAUGCAUGCUGGGAGGGACGGGGCUUCUUACCUUCUCAUGGUUGGCACUCGGACGGAAGCAGGGACAUCUGAUGGUGUGAUGCAUCGUAAAGGUGUUGACAUAAUAGAAAAUGAUAUAUUU